AUCUGCCGAUUGGCAAUCGACAGGUUGAGAUUGAGGAAAGGGAAACGCAUGUACUAAAUAUCGGAAUUGGAAUCGGAAUCGGAAUCGGAAGUGAAGGAAAAUGAGCCAAGCGGCGGCGCACAACGUAUUCGUAUACGGAAGCCUAUUAGCAGAUGAUGUUGUCCGUGUCCUCUUGAACCGAGUCCCCCCUUCCUCCGUUGCUGUUCUGAAUAACUUCCACAGAUUUAGCAUUAAAGGGCGUGUUUAUCCGGCGAUUGUCCCUGUCCAAAACAGCCAUGUUACCGGAAGGGUAUUGUUGGGAUUAACGGAUCCUGAAUUGCUUAUUUUGGAUGAAUUUGAGGAUGUUGAGUACCAAAGAACUAGCGUUGAGGUCUCUUUGCAGGAAAACUCUGAUAAAUUACAAGCUCACGCCUAUGUCUGGAGCAACACGAGUGAUCCCAACUUGUACGGAGAAUGGGAUUUUGAGGAAUGGAAACAAUUGCACAAGGAAAGCUUUACCAAGAUGACCAUGGGAUUUAUGGAAGAACUAGAGCUGCCUGAUGCAAAGCCAAGAGUGGCUGAAAAUUGUGGAAACGAUAUUACAUAAUUUCUUAACAAAAUAGGGCAGUCGAUUGUCGAUGAUUGAUGUUGGUUAGCAGUUUGUUUUGCUAUUUGCCUAGACUGAAUAAAAUCGCAGCAUGUAUGGCAUUGCUAACGAUUUAUACGGUAAUUGUAUCACCAUCAUGAUGUUCAUUUUGAUUGCAAACAGGGAUGGAUCGAGGGGGACUGAC